GCCUUCGCCUCAGUAGAAGUUAAAUCUACAACGAUGACACACUACGUAGUCGGAGUAACUGUUGCGCUGCUGGCAUUGGGCUUAGCUCAGGCUAAUGAAAGUAUAUUUGGGCACACAUUUAAGCAGCUGCACAGCCAACCUCCUGUUUCGGCAAAUCAAAAUAGAGCGGACGAGGUGCAAACAUUAUGGAUCGAACAGAAGUUGGAUCACUUUAAUAUAGCCGAGACUCGAACCUGGCAAAUGCGAUACAUGUUGAACGAUGUAUUCUUCAAAGCCGGUGCGCCAAUGUUUAUAUUCCUGGGAGGAGAGUGGGAAAUAGACAGGGGAUUUAUAACAGCCGGUCACAUGUACGACAUGGCCAAAGAGCACAAUGGACUUCUGGUCUAUACUGAACAUCGAUACUACGGCGAAAGCCAUCCGUUGCCAGAUUUGUCCAACGAGAACAUGAAGUUUUUGAAUGUGAAACAAGCCUUGGCCGAUCUGGCGCAUUUCAUAACCACACAAAAGUCUUCAUAUGAGGGCUUAAGUGAUUCCAAAGUCAUAAUUGUCGGUGGCUCCUACUCUGCUACGAUGGUUACUUGGUUCAAGAAAUUAUACCCCGAUCUGGUUGUUGGUGGCUGGGCGUCCAGUGCACCACUCAUUGCCAAAGUCAACUUUUUCGAAUACAAAGAGGUUAUGGGUCAAUCUAUAACUUUAAUGGGGGGCUCUGCCUGCUACAACCGUAUUGAGAAAGGUAUUGCUGAAAUUGAAGCGAUGUUCGCCAGCAAACGCGGAGGCGAGGUCAAGGCUCUGCUCAAGAUCUGCGAACCUUUUGACGUAUUUAGCGAUUUGGACAUAUGGACGCUGUUUAACGAGAUUUCUGAAGUAUUUGCCAACGUUGUACAGGGACACUAUGCUGGACGUAUUGAAGGCGUCUGCCAGAAAAUAAUGGCUGAAAGUUCUGAUCUUAUUGGCGUCAGCAGCUACCUUCUCAGCGAAUUCGAGAAAGCCAGUGGCAAGCGUUGCAACGAUUUAAGCUACGAUGCCAUCAUGAGCGAACUUUUGGAGUCAAGGUACAAGAACAAUAUGAUGCGUCAGUGGAUAUACCAGACAUGUAACGAGUAUGGCUGGUAUCAGACCUCAAGCUCCGCCGCUCAACCAUUUGGCACCAAGUUUCCAUUAGCCCUGUUCACAACCAUGUGCGCUGAUCUCUUUGGCUCCCAGUUUGGCAAUUCAUUCAUCGAAAGCCGUGUGGCUGAAACGAAUGCAUACUUUGGUGGCCUCUCGCCGAAAGUGGAGAAUGUAUAUUUGACCCACGGCCAGUUGGAUCCCUGGCGUGCAAUGGGUAUUCAGGAUGUAAAGCAGGCAACAAUCAUACCAGAACAUGCGCACUGCAAAGACUUUGGAUCGAUUAGUGCCGAUGAUACGGCCGAAAUGCGUGCUUCAAAAGAACGAAUUGCCGAAUUGGUUCGGGAAUGGCUAAAAUAGAAGUGUGGAUUCAGUCAAGCCAUAACAACAACAAAGUAGUUACGUUUACUAGAAAUAUGUGUUACAAAUGCAAUAAAU